CUCCUCCUCCGCCUCCGCCUCCCGCCCCUUCCACGGUCUCGUCUCGCCGCCGGCGUUGCUGUUCUCCGCCCGGCGAAGGAACAAGCCUUACGUGGCCCCGGCCGAGUCCGGGAAGGGACGGGCGAAGGGGAGCGGGAGAGGGAAGAGGCACAGCGGGCGCCGCCGCCGCCGCCAUGGAGACUCGCUACAACCUCAAAAGCCCCGCUGUAAAACGUUUAAUGAAAGAAGCUGCAGAACUGAAGGAUCCAACAGACCAUUAUCAUGCACAGCCCUUAGAGGACAAUCUUUUUGAGUGGCAUUUCACUGUCAGAGGUCCUCCAGAUUCAGAUUUUGAUGGUGGAGUUUAUCAUGGAAGAAUAGUACUACCACCAGAGUAUCCUAUGAAACCACCAAGUAUUAUUCUCUUAACGGCCAAUGGCAGGUUUGAAGUGGGAAAGAAAAUUUGCUUAAGCAUCUCAGGGCAUCAUCCUGAAACAUGGCAACCAUCAUGGAGCAUAAGAACUGCAUUGCUUGCUAUUAUUGGAUUUAUGCCAACGAAAGGGGAGGGAGCCAUAGGGUCUCUAGACUAUACCCCUGAGGAAAGAAGAGCACUUGCUAAGAAAUCUCAGGAUUUCUAUUGUGAAGGAUGUGGAUCACUUAUGAAGGAAGCCCUCUUACCAUUAACAUCUGGAAGUGCUUCAAGUCAAGCUGACAAAGAGGCUAAGGAACUUGCCAGGCAAAUUAGUUUCAAGGCUGAAGUUAACUCAUCUAGGAAAUCUGUUGCUGAACCUGCAGACUUAUCGGGAUUUAACCACUUGCCCAGUUCACCUGAACACCAACAAGAAAGUACAACCCCAGCAUUCCAGGACACCACCCCCAAUGAAGUGUCUGAAAAUCAGACAAACUCAGCCACCUCAAGUCAAGAACAACAUAACCAGCCUGCAUCAAAUAAUACUUCUAUGAGCCCUCGCCAGCGGCGUGCACAGCAGAGAAGGGUGCCGACUUCAACCAACUUCAAUCAGGUUCAGCAGCCAAGGGUCAACAGAAACCACAUGGGCUCAAAUGCGCUGAUUCUUCUCCUUGUUUUAGCACUGGCAGCUCUUAUAUUUAGGCGUAUAUAUUUAGCCAAUGAGUAUAUAUUUGAAUUAUGAGUUUUGGUCAUUUUAAAAUACUGUGACUUGAAUUCUUUAUUAAAAUGUUCUAUGUUGGAUAUGUCUUGAGGAUUGUUUACAUGAAAUUACUUUUUGUAUUUACUCACUUUACGUCUGAAUUUAAUGUACCAUGAGGUACAUUAAUAUCUGCAAGAAAAGCACACCUUGAUACUGGUGUGAACAUGGACUAUUAAUGAUUAAUACAAACUGAGCAUAUAACCUAAGAGAUGAUGUACAGGAUAUAUAUCUGCAUUAGCAGGAUAUUUAAGGAGGGCUGAAUGCAUCACUUGUGAGCUUUGGUGGGUAAUUUUAACUGAUAGACACAUAAAAGUGUGGUUUAAUGCUAUGUGGGAACAUAAAUAAUUAUUCUUUUCAAGAGUGUCUAUAAAAAAUUGCCUGAGAAAGAACUUCUUAAAUUGAAGUGCAGGUAUACUUGCAUAGUAAAUAUUACAAAACUGAGCAGGGAGGGGAAGUUAUUGAUAUUUUGUAAGUACAUUUGUUUCCUACACAACAAAUUUGGGGGGGGGGAAUCCCUUAAAUUGUAGGGUUUUUAUCCUCUGUGAAAAAGAGGGGCAAGAACUUUGUUUGCUUUUUUUUUUAGUUUUUAUUUUCCAGAAGGUAGGAUAAUCUUUUGUGAGGUUUGAAAGUCAUUUUCUAAUAUUCAAUUGUGUAUAUUUUGCUUUUUUUAAAUUUGAAGAUCCUGGAAAUAGUUAUAAAUAUGUAAUAUUUACCCAGA